AGAGAGAAAGCGAAAGCAGGAGAGAGAGAGGGGGAGAGAUAAAGUGAAGAGAAGAAAAAACCGGAGAGAGAGAGAGUCCCAGAAAGUUAAACUUGAGAAACAGUGACGAGAGAGAGAGAGAGAGAUGCAGAGCUGUGGAUAAAUACUGAAGUAUUUGAUAGAUACAGGGAGAGUUCCAUGUAUUCUGCUCUGAUUACUUUUCAUACGCCUUAUUGUGAAGGCUUGCCAAGUCAAACCUCGCAAAAGCAAGAGAGGAGUUGUAAUAAUUCGUGAACUGCUACGGUGAUUGGUUUGUAUUUGAAAACUGCGAUCGGAAGAGUCAUCGGAUGAUAUUUCCGAUCGUCGGAGAUCGGAGGAUAUGCUCGGAGGCGGAGCUGGGGGAUUCGGUGGUUGCUGCUUCGGGGGAGUCAAGCGGUGACGUGGCUCAUGUUGAAAAUAGGAGGAGGUGGUGGUGGUGGUGGAGGAGGUGGAGGAGAAGUAAAGUUGUGGUUGUAGUUGGAAGAGGAGGAUGAAGAAAGGGAAAGGGAGGAAUAACGGCUUAUUGCCGAAUUCGCUGAGGAUUAUAUCUUCUUGCCUCAAGACGGUGUCGUCUAAUGCCAGUAACGUAGCUUCUUCAGUUCGCUCCGCUGGUGCUUCCGUUGCUGCUUCUAUUUCUACUACCGAGGAUCACAAAGAUCAGGUGACAUGGGCUGGCUUUGAUAAGCUGGAGGUUGGUCCAUCUAGCUUCAAACAGGUUCUAUUGCUUGGUUAUCAGAAUGGCUUUCAAGUCUUUGAUGUGGAGGAUGCCUCCAAUUUUAAUGAACUGGUCUCAAAGCGUGAAGGUCCAGUUUCUUUCUUACAGAUGCAACCAUUACCUGCAAAAUGUAAUGGUCAAGAAGGCUUUAGAAGAUCACAUCCUUUAUUGUUAGUUGUUGCUGGAGAUGACACUAACAAUGUAAGCUUGGGGCCAAAUCGUGCCCAUUUGAGUAUAUCUAAAGAUGGUAACAUAGAUUCUCCAUCAGGAAACUGUGUCAGUUCUCCUACAACUGUUCGGUUUUUCUCCCUUCGAUCUCAUUGUUAUGUGCAUGUUCUGAGAUUUCGAUCAUCUGUAUGCAUGGUUCGAUGCAGUUCGCAUAUCGUUGCUGUUGGUCUUGCAACCCAAAUAUAUUGCUUUGAUGCACUGACACUGGAGAAUAUAUUCAGCGUUCUCACCUAUCCUGUUCCACAGUUGGCAGGCCAAGGAACAGUUGGGGUUAAUGUUGGAUAUGGUUCCAUGGCAUUGGGUCCAAGGUGGCUGGCUUAUGCAUCCAACAAUCCACUGUUGUUGAACACAGGCCGUUUAAGUCCACAAAACCUUUCUCCUUCUUCAGGUGUUAGUCCAUCUACAUCACCAGGUGGCAGUAGUUUGGUGGCUCGUUAUGCAAUGGAGUCUAGCAAGCAGCUAGCUGCUGGGUUAAUCAAUCUGGGGGACAUGGGGUAUAAAACAUUGUCAAAGUACUGCCAAGAGCUCCUUCCUGAUGGGUCUAAUUCUCCAGUAACACCUAACUCAAUAUGGAAAGUUGGUAGAGUGGGUGGAGCAGAAGUAGACAAUGCGGGGAUGGUUGUUGUCAAGGAUAUUGUCACUCGAGCUGUUGUAUCACAAUUUAAGGCUCAUACAAGUCCCAUUUCUGCAUUAACUUUUGAUCCUAGUGGAACCCUUCUGGUUACUGCUUCAGUAUAUGGGAACAACAUAAAUAUUUUCCGGCUCCUUCCAUCUUAUACACGCAGUGGAAGUGGUGUUAAAAGCUACAACUGGAACUCUUCUCAUGUGCAUCUCUACAGACUGCAUCGAGGAAUAACAUCUGCUAUGAUCCAGGAUAUUUGCUUUAGUCAUUAUAGUCAGUGGGUUGCAAUUGUUUCAUCAAAAGGAACUUGUCAUAUUUUUGUUUUAUCCCCAUUUGGUGGGAUGCUGGGUUUUCAAACUGUAAAUUCUCAUGGGGAAGAGCCCUCACUGUUUCCCGUAUUGUCUCUACCUUGGUGGUCUACCCCAUCUUUCACCAAUAAUCAACAAUCAUUUCCACCUCCACCUCCCGUUGCCCUCUCUGUGGUGAGCAGAAUAAAAUACAGUAGUUUUGGAUGGCUUAAUACCAUAAGCAAUGCCGCUGCUUCUGCAACUGGGAAGGUUUUUGUGCCAUCUGGUGCUGUUGCUUCUGUUUUCCAUAAUUCUAUAUCAUACGGUGUUCAGCAUGUUAACUCAAGACUCAAUUCCUUAGAGCAUCUGUUGGUUUACACUCCAUCAGGUCAUGUAGUGCAACAUGAGCUUCUGCCAUCUGUUGGGGUAGAACCAAAUGAGAGUGGUUCAGGAACCCGAGCAACUUCAUUUGUACAUGCACAAGAGGAUGACCUGAGGGUCAAAGUUGAACCUGUCCAGUGGUGGGAUGUCUGUAGAAGGUCAGAUUGGCCUGAAAGGGAGGAAUGCCUUCCUGAAACCACCUAUGAUGGACAUGAUGCUACUGACAUCAGUCCAAAUAAAUCAUCUUGUGAUGAUGUUUAUGGAAUGGAUCUUCUGGACAUCGAUGACAAUAUGGGGGGACAAAAGGCUACAAAAACUUAUUCCGUAAAGCCUCAUGAGAGGUCCUAUUGGUACCUUUCAAAUGCGGAGGUGCAAGUGAGUUCAGGGAGGCGACCAAUAUGGCAGAAUGCCAAGGUUUCUUUCUACACGAUAGAUUCUCCCAGAGUUAAUAGGUCUUUUGGAGGAGAGUUUGAAAUUGAAAAGAUCCCAACCCAUGAAGUUGAAAUUAGACAGAAAGAAUUAUUGCCUGUUUUUGACCAUUUCCAUAGCAUCAAGUCAGGCUGGAAUGACAGGUGACAGAUACUCUUUUCUUU